GCCCUCUCCCGUCCCCCGGUUGUCAGGGCAACCCGAACGACGCCCGCGGAGGAACUACAGGCGUUAGGAGGGCGGCGCCGCCAGGGCUCGGCCCGAGGGCCCCUGGGAGCGUCUGACCAUGGAGCCCCACAAAACUGUGCCAUCAUUAAAGCCACACCCCCCUGUUGUGGGCAAAGUGACUCAUCACAGCAUCGAGCUGUACUGGGACCUGGAAAAUAAAGAGAAGAGGCAAGGGCCACAGGACCAGUGGCCUAGGUUCUCCAUCGAAGAGGAAGAUCCCAAGAUGCACAGUUACGGUGUCAUUUACACGGGUUAUGCGACAAAGCAUGUGAUUGAAGGCCUAGAACCAAGGACACUGUACAGAUUUCGACUGAAGGUCAUCAGCCCCUCUGGAGAAUGCGAGUACAGCCCAGUCAUUUCGGUGGCUACAACUAGGGAGCCCAUAAGUAGUGAGCACUUUCAUCGUGCCGUCAAUGUGAACGACGAAACUUUCCUGCUUCGAAUAUUGGAUGGAGGCCAAAUAAAGGUUGAUGUGCCCAACAAGUUCGGCUUUACUGCCCUCAUGGUCGCUGCUCAGAAAGGCUAUACCAGGCUUGUAAAGAUCCUAGUUUCCAAUGGCACAGAUGUGAAUCUGAAGAAUGGAAGUGGCAAGGACAGCCUCAUGCUUGCAUGCUAUGCAGGACAUCUGGACGUUGUGAAAUACCUCCGGAAACACGGAGCUUCUUGGGACGCUAGAGACCUCGGAGGUUGCACGGCCCUGCACUGGGCAGCAGACGGAGGCCACUGCCCUGUGAUCGACUGGAUGAUAAAGGACGGCUGUGAGGUAGAUGUUGUGGAUACUGGUUCAGGAUGGACACCACUCAUGAGAGUCUCUGCUGUGACUGGAAGCCAGAAGGUAGCUUCACUCCUCAUCGAGGCUGGGGCUGACGUGAACGUGAGGGACAAAGAUGGAAAGACACCUCUCAUGGUUGCCGUCUUAAAUAAUCAUGAACAGUUAGUUCAGCUACUUCUUGACAAAGGAGCAGAUACAACAGUGAAAAAUGAGUUUGGCAAAGGUGUCUUAGAAAUGGCCAGAGUUUUUGACAGACAGAAUGUACUCUCCUUACUAGAAGAGAGGAAAAAAAAGGUGCCAAGGAAGUCUUCUGUCCAAUGAACACAGUGCCACCUGAGGUCGACCUGAGCGAAACAGCGAGGCGUGACUGCUGGGCUGGACACAUGACAAGCCGCAUCUCUGACGCUGAGGCAUUUAUUUAUUUAGUUGAAGAUUCACAGUGACGUUUAUGUAAUGGGCAACUGUUCCCACAUUGAAAUACACCUUUUUAC